AUGCAAGAGGGUGAUUUUGAAGUUGAAACUCCGGUGAAGUCUAUGAAUACAAUGGGAUUUACCAACACCAAGUUAAUUCAUUAAUCACUGCUGUUCAAACUUUAUUUCCUGAGGUGAAGGAGAUAACUCAGCUCUUUAACAGAAGAUGUUAUAAUGGGGGUUUCUCUUUGUAUCCUGCUCUUUUUACUACACUUCAAUGAGGGAAUUCAUGGGCUACGGUUCACCAAAAACCCUUCCAACCAAACGGUGACUCAGGGUAACAUGGCCCGUCUGGGUUGUGCCUUUGAGGGUUUGAGUGAGCCAGAGAUCAUCUGGAUGAAGGAUGGAGAGAAGAUCUACAGCAGUGAUCAGAUGUACAUCACACUAGAUGCACAUCACUGGGAGACCUUUUACAGUGUUAAAUCCGUGCAGCAACAAGAUGCCGGGAAGUAUUGGUGUGAGGUUGAAUAUUAUGGAAGGAUCAUUUCCUCAGAGCCUGCUUGGAUUACAGUAGAAGGUGUGCCUCAUUUUGUGGUGGAACCGGAGGAUGUGGCUGCAUUUGCAGGGGAGCCGUUCAACCUGACGUGUGCUGCAUCAGGUCCUCCAGAACCUGUGGAGGUGCUGUGGUGGCUGGGAGGCAAACAGAAGGGUGCUUUCAUGCCCUCCCCCUUAGUUCUCUUUGUUAAAGAAAAAGUAUUUUACUGUGAGGCUAAGAAUGCUCGAGGUAUCUCCGUGUCACGUACAGGCACAGUGCACAUUAAAGUCUGCCCUGAUUACCCCCAGGAUGUUAAGGUACAUCAUGUGUCUGAUCUUAAUAUAACCUUAACAUGGAGUCCAGGUUUCACUGGGCACUCACAGCUUUCCACCUGCACUAUACAGGUGUCAAAGGGACCUGGAAAGAAGGUAAAACUUCCUGAUGUGGAUGUGAUAGUUCCUCCCUUCCAGCAUGUGUUUGAGGGACUCAGCAGUUACUCAAAUUACAGUGUGAGAAUCCGGUGUGAUAAUGAGGUGGGCUCUUCCCCCUUCUCUCCCUGGGUGGGCUUUCACACUCCAGAGGCAGCACCAUCAGCAGCUCCAAAGAACUUUACCUUUGAACUCAGCGAGCAGCAGCUCACUCUGUCCUGGGCGGCACUGGAACAGGAGGAGCUACGUGGAAGGUUGCUGGCAUAUAAAGUGCAGUGGAACCAGGGAGGAGAGAGUCAGGAUCCCUUACUGUUUAAAGACAACGUUGCCCGUCUCUCAGGUGCUGGGCGAUUCUUUAACGCCACCUUCCAGGUUGCAGCGUGCACAAUGGCAGGAUGUGGCCCGUGGAGUCAGCCUGUUCUUGUGAUGCCCGUAUCAGCCGUGCAGGCUCAGACCCUGAGGGGCCAUAUGUGGGUGGGGCUGCUUUUCAGCCUUCUUGUGGCCACCAUGGUGGGACUCCUGUUGAUUGUACUGGUACGCAACAGAGGCAAAGAGACCCAGUUUGGGUCUGCAUUUGCAGCUUCAGGAACAGAUGUACCAGUUUCCUUUACAGCUGCCAGGUCCUUCAACAGGCGGUUCCCUGAGCCCCCUGAAUCCACAUUGGACAGUCUAGGAAUCAACAGUGAUUUGAAGGCCAAGUUACAGGAUGUUCUCAUCUCUGAAAGGCUAUUAACUCUGGGAAGCAUGCUUGGAAAAGGCGAGUUUGGCUCUGUGAGAGAAGCUUUUCUCAAAUCAGAAAAUAACUCUGGACAGAAGGUUGCUGUGAAAGUCCUAAAAACUGACAUUAACUCAUCCAGUGACAUUGAGCAAUGUCUGAAAGAAGCUGCCUAUAUGAAAGACUUCCAUCAUCCCAAUGUCAUUGAGCUCAUUGGUGUGAGUCUGCACAGGCGAGCCCAGCAGAGGCUACCUAUUCCUAUGGUGAUCCUGCCCUUCAUGAAACAUGGAGAUCUCCACACAUUUCUUCUCAUGUCACGCCUCGGAAAUGAACCUUUUACUGUCUCUCAGCAAAUUCUUAUCCAGUUUAUGCUGGAUAUUGCUCGAGGGAUGGAGUAUCUGAGCAGCAAAAACAUCAUCCAUCGGGAUUUGGCUGCUCGCAACUGCAUGCUCAAUGAAAACAUGAGCGUGUGUGUAGCAGAUUUUGGUCUCUCAAAGAAAAUUUACAGCGGCGACUACUAUAGACAAGGAUCUGUCUCUAAGUUGCCAGUAAAGUGGAUCGCUUUGGAAAGCCUGGCAGAUAAUGUCUACACAACACAGAGUGAUGUGUGGGCAUUUGGUGUGACCAUGUGGGAGAUCAUGACUAGAGGCCAAACACCUUAUCCAGGGGUGGAGAACUCAGAAAUAUAUGAGUAUCUUAUCAAAGGAGAAAGACUCAAACAGCCUCCUGACUGUCCUGCUGACAUUUAUGAAAUCAUGCAUAGCUGUUGGUCUCCUGUCCCAAAGUGUCGUCCUAGUUUUCAACACCUUAUUGACCAGUUGGAGCUCUUGUGGGCAAAGCUGAAUCCAGCUCCUGUAAAAGAACCACUGCUGUAUGUGAACCUGGAGGAAGAGGAUGGAGAACAGGCCUCUGGGCUGGUGGCAGAGACCGGGACCCAUAAUAGUGAAGAGCUCUCGUGGGGGGUACCGUGGCAGUGUGCAGGUAUAGAGGAAGAUGAAAAGGACUGGCUAAUGGUGUCAUCAGGAGCUGCUCUUGCUAUUGGUGGAGACUACCGGUACAUCAUCAACCCACAUGGUAGCGGUAUUGAUGAAGAAAACAGGCACUCUGAUGACGGCCUGUUGGAGGAUAUCAGGGACGAGGAAGAGGAUGUUAUCAUUAAUGUGUGAUUUUUUUCCCCCAUGCUUACAUAAUCUAGUAGUUUGCACAACUUGUCAAGACUCUUGUAAAAGAACAGUGGGUCCGUAAAAACAUUCCUUCGUUGUUUUACUGGUGAAAUUCCAGGAGUAAUGCUUAACAGAAAGAAAUGUUCUCCAUGCUAACUCUAGAGGCAUGACGUGUACGUACAAUCAGCUGCUAAUACCUUUUAUAAGCAUGAUUUGACACCUUUAUUUCAAUGGUAAUUACUAAUAAUGACUGUAGCAAAGCCAUUGUUUCAACAAAUGUGAUGCUUAGGCUACGUUUACACGAUAACGAUGAAGACAAAAACUGAAUUUUCCCUUGCGUUUUUAAAAAUGUUCACGUAUACACAACUUUUUGGGGAGUGAACUCCAAAAGUGGGCAGAACCUCCAA